AUGGGGCUCAAGGACACUCCCCCACCGCAUGUACCGGAAUGGCUGAUCGUGGCGUCGACCGGCGUGCUGGGCGUCGGAGCAGUUUGCUGGUACCUGACGUACAUCCUCAUCACGAUCCGCGCCGUCAAGACCAAGUCGUACGGCAUGCCGCUGAUGGCCACGGUGCUCAACUGGUCGUGGGAGGUCAUAUACGCAUUCUACGCCGCCGAGCACCCGAUCGAGUUCCUCGGGCUCGCCGCCUGGUUCACCCUCGACAUCGGCAUGGUGUACACCACGGUCGUGUACGCGCCGCACGACUGGAAGCACUCGAGCAGCUGGGUGGGGCGGCACAUGUUCGCCAUCCUGCUGGGCCUCACUGCCGUCGGCGUCUGGGGCAACUACGCCUUUGCCGAGUGGUUCCUGGCCGAGGAGGGCAGGGGUUUCGGCGACAAGACCGGCAAGUGGUUCCGGGGCAGGGAGGGCUUCGACACCAUGGAGAUGGCUUUCUGGAGCGCCCUGGUGCCGCAGGCCUACAUCAGCGGUGCCAGCUUGGCCAUGCUGCUCUCGAGAGGGCACAGUGGCGGCGUCAGCUAUGCAAUCUGGUUCGUCCGCUCGCUGGGCUCUUUCGUCGGGCUCGUCGUCCUCCCCGGCAUGAUGUGGUGGUACUGGCCCGAGGCCCACGGCUACUUCCUGAAUCCCCUGGCCACGUUCCUGCAGGCCCUGUUCCUCCUGCCCGACAUGGUCUACCCCUUUGUGCUUUGCCACAUCCGCAAGACGGAGGUUGAGAUGCCGGAUGGGAGGCUCGUUAGUGCCGAGCAUGCGGUCAUGGAAAAGCGGCUUGAGGGCUAUGGCCUAUUGAAGGCUGAAAAGGGAAUGGUGGGGGACAGCGAAUAG